UUAAAUUGCUCUCCAAUUUGAUAACAUUAUCUCACCUUGGCCGUUGAAACUACGAAAUUUAAAUAAAAUGUUAUUAAAAAUGAAGGAUAAAAAAGGGAGAAGUAGAAUGCAAUGUCUCAAAGCAGGAUGUGAUUGUGAUGAAUACACAAAAGAGAAAGGUUUUGAUUUGUGUGCCUAUUGUGAUCAUGCACCAGUUUUACAUAAAGCCGCACUCAGUAUGUCAAGCGUGUUAUUUGAACCCCAAAACUGUAAGAAAGAAAACGGAUAUGCUAACUUUGAAUCAGCUACUUUGAGCCAAAGUGAAAUAGACUUCAGUUUGGACAAUAACAAAGUAACAAGCCCAUUGAAGAAACAGUGUAUACAACAAGCUAAGCCAUUUCAAGAUACAGCUGGUAAAAUAGUUUUGCAUCAAAAACUGUACUUCAUCAUAAAAACAAUACUCUUUUUGAGAAUGGUUUAGCCUCGAUCCUGAAUUCUUGCACAGAUGGGAUUAUUGUGUUAAGUGCUUUAAAUCUAACCUUUAGUUUACGCAGCAAGUUGGCUAGAAUAGUAGUCAACUAUAUUAUUUAAAAGAAAGGAUUGCAAAGAAGCAAUUCAAGAUGACCUUAUUUGGAAUUAAACUUAAUAGUCAACCAUGGACUGAAGCGUGCCAUAAAUGGAAAUCAACUUCAAAAUUUAGGUUGAAAUGUUUUCAAUCUGGCACCAAAGACAUUCCAAAUUUUAAACUUCUUUUGGAUCUAAAAGCAGAUGCAUUGGUAAAUAUCGAUUUUACUCAAUUGAGUAUGCAAAAGAAUUAUGAGCAUUGUAGCAACUUUAUGUUUCAAAAAAUUCCACUACAUGCAAAAAAAUUGAUAGGCUUAGUUGCCAAGAAAUAUUCCAUGCAAGAUGGGGUAGAAGAUGAGACAGCUGCUCUUUUGGCUAUUGUGCGAUUGACAUACUGCAAAUGUUCCAUCCAUUUAUGCAAAGAAACAAAGAGAAAAUCCUGGACUCCUAGUGUUAAAGAAUGUGGUGAAUCAUUUCUUUUUCUAGCCAAUUCAGUUGAAAAUGCUGAGCAAUCAAUUAAUAACAUCAGGAUCUUAUAUAAUGACCUGAAGCUGACACUUCAACCUUUAGUUUAUGCUGUUCCACCAAACAUUGCUGUUGUUGUGUACAACAAUCACAGAUGGUCAUUUGAAAGCCCUUUGAAAACAAUGGAUUUUUUGUUUAAACUGAUUCAAAUCUUGGAUAAGGAAUACAAUAUUGCAAGUUUUCCAGCUUGGAUGUUUUUGCAAAUAUAUAUAUAUAUUGUUUUAAUUGCCCCGAUUUUGACGUAUCAUGCCCGAAAGCAAGUGAAUUGGCUUCUGAGUUGAUCUGAAAUUUGGCACACUUGUUUGUAACACAUGUAUUUGCAACCUCUACUAGAAUUAUGUUUACAGUUAAUUGUGUUCUACUUUUGUGAGUGAUUUUGUGUCCUCAAAUAACACCAAAACUUCCAAAUAUGACUAAAAUGCAUAUAUUUUGACUUUUUUUUGGUCAAAACUCAAAACUUUUAGUGUAUGUUGUUAUUGUAUUAGUAAAGGAUCACAAGCCAAAAUUUCAUUUCAAAUUUAUUUACGGUUGCUG